CUAUUGUUCUAGUGCUGCAUUUCUCAUUAAAAAGGGGGAGGGACUGUAGAUAAACCUCACCCGCAGUUAAAACCCUCCUCGAACAAAGAGUCCCGUGAAGAGAAACCUUAGUCUCGCCAAGGCCAGAAUAAGGGACAUGUGGAGGUGACACUAAAGGUCCACAUCAGCGACGCCAGCACCCAUCAGCCCGUGCCGGAUGCGCUCAUCGAGAUUUUCACCAACCAGGUCUCCAUCGCCUCCGGCACCUCGGGGACGGAUGGCGCCGCGUUCAUCAAGUUCCAGUACAAGCUGGGCAGUCAGUUGAUCGUCACCGCCACGAAGCACGCCUACGUGCCAAACUCCGCCCCGUGGAAGCCAAUCCGCUUGCCCGUGUUUUCUUCACUGAGCCUUGGCCUGCUUCCAGAACGAUCCGCUACGCUAAUGGUGUAUGACGACGUUGUCCAAAUAGUCUCAGGAUUUCAAGGUGCCCGGCCGCAGCCUCGCGUUCACUUCCAGAGGAGGGCUCUGCGGCUGCCCGAGAACACCAGCUACAGCGACUUGACCGCCUUCCUCACUGCCGCCGGCUCCCCCUCCGAGGUGGACAGUUUUCCGUAUCUGCGAGGAUUAGAUGGAAACGGGACAACAGGAAACGGCACCAGGUACGACCUGACCCCAGUCACAGCCGUCAGUGUGCACUUGCUCAGCAGCGAUGGAACGCCCGUGCUGGUGGAUGGCCCCAUCUAUGUCACCGUGCCCCUGGCCACACAGAGCAGUCUGAGGCACAACGCCUAUGUCGCAGCGUGGCGGUUUGACCGGAAGCUGGGGGGAAGAAAAAAAAAAAUCCAUGAUUGCCACCUCUGUGACGUGUGUAGUCAAGCAAGGCAAGGAUUUGGAGCCCCGAGGAUAGAAUUUUUGGUGCACGGAACGUGGCUAAAGAGUGGUCUAGGCCUCGUGCACCAGGAAGGCAGCCAGCUGACGUGGACCUACAUUGCCCCUCAGUUGGGAUACUGGGUAGCAGCCAUGUCUCCUCCCAACCCAGGUCCCGUCGUCACGCAGGACAUGACCACGUAUCACACGGUGUUUCUUUUGGCCAUUUUGGGAGGAAUGGCUUUCAUCCUUUUGGUUUUGCUGUGUCUGCUUUUAUAUUAUUGCAGGCGGAAGUGCUUGAAACCUCGUCAGCACCAUAGAAAACUGCAGCUUCCUGCAGCCCUGGAGAAUUCCAAAAGGGACCAGUCCACGUCUAUGUCACACAUCAACCUGCUGUUUUCCCGUCGGGAGUCAGGGUUCCCGGGCCCGCUCUCCGUCACCGGCCACGGCCGCCCUGACGCCCCGGGCACAAAGGAGCUGAUGAGCGGGGUCCAUCUGGAGAUGAUGUCCUCCCACGGGGAAGUGGACACGCACACCCCCAUGCUCAAGCUUUCCUACAGCACCUCCCAGGAAUUCAGCUCUCGGGAGGAACUCCUCUCUCAUAAGGAGGAGGACAAAAGCCAAAUCUCCUUUGAUAACCUGACCCCAAGCGGGACGUUGGGAAAAGAUUACCACAAGUCCGUGGAGAUUUUUCCCUUAAAGUCCAGGAAAUCGAUGGAAAGAGAAGGCUAUGAGUCCCCUGGCGGCAGUGACUACAGGAGGAGUUACAAUGCCAUGCUGUCACAGCCUUUAUUCGAGAAGCAGGACAGAGACGGUCAGGCUUCCGUGAACCAUAUUCCCACAGGAAGUAAGCUCACCAUUCAGGAACACAUGUACCCCGCGCCUUCCUCUCCCGAAAAAGAACAGCUGCUGGACCGCAGACCCACUGAAUGUAUGAUGUCGCGAUCCGUGGACCACCUGGAAAGACCAACGUCUUUUCCACGGCCCGGCCAGCUGAUCUGCUGUAGCUCCGUUGACCAGGUCAAUGACAGCGUUUACAGAAAAGUGUUGCCCGCCCUGGUCAUCCCCGCUCAUUAUAUGAAACUCCCCGGGGACCACUCCUAUGUGGGCCAGCCCCUGGUCGUCCCGGCAGACCAGCAGCUCGAAAUCGAAAGACUGCAGGCCGAGCUCUCCAGUCCCCACGCGGGCAUCUUCCCGCACCCGUCCGCCCAGAUCCAGGCUCAGCCGUUAUCAUGCCAGGCCAUUUCUCAGCAGCACCUGCAGGACGCGGGCAGCCGGGAGUGGAGCCCCCAGAACGCGGCCAUGUCGGAGUCUCUGUCCAUCCCGGCGUCCCUGAACGACGCAGCCUUGGCCCAGAUGAACAGCGAGGUCCAGCUCCUGACCGAAAAGGCUCUGAUGGAGCUCGGCGGGGGGAAGCCGCUCCCCCACCCCCGGGCCUGGUUCGUCUCCCUGGACGGCAGGUCCAACGCGCACGUCAGACAUUCCUACAUCGAUCUCCAAAGAGCCGGAAGGAACGGAAGUAACGAUGCCAGUUUGGACUCGGGCGUGGAUAUGAAUGAACCAAAAUCUGCCCGGAAGGGAAGAGGAGACCCCUUGUCUCUCCCGCAAAACCACCCACCCGUCCAGGAGCAUCCGCAGAAGGAGCCGAGGGCGGCGGACAGCACCGCCUACACGCAGCUCGUGUAUCUGGAUGACAUGGACCAGAGCGGCAGUGAGUGUGGCACCACCGUCUGCACCCCCGAGGACAGUGCCCUGCGAUGCUUGCUGGACGGCUCCAGCCGCAGAAGCGGCGGCCAGCUGCCCAGCCUGCAGGAGGAGACCACCAAACGGACUGUGGACGCCCCCCCAGAGCCCUUAGCCAGCCCGGAUCAGGGAAGAUCUGCUCACGAGGACGACGACGAUGAUGACGACGAUGACCAAGGAGAGGACAAGAAGAGCCCCUGGCAGAAGCGAGAGGAGAGGCCCCUGAUGGCGUUUAACAUUAAAUGAGUGGCCGCAGAGCCACCCGACCGUGGAAUCUAACAAAAUUGCCAAAAAUUCUUACUUAACGGAAGCGCGUACCCGUUUGUGGAGGAAGUCGCCAGUGGGCAGUGGACAUUUCCUGCAUUACCGUUUGCUGUGUAAAUGUCAGAACGGGAUUACAGCUAAGACUCAGAAGAAUUGAUGCUAAUGGAUGCAGUGUCCUUUCACGGGCUUGACGUGUCCCCCGCCCCCGGACACCGAAAACCCACAAGUGACGUUGCUAAGUUCUGGUGACAUCCUCGGUUCUCCCUCAGAUUGCGGGAACAGAUGAAACUCCUUUUUUGCAUUGCUUGAAUCAAUUUUAUCACGAUAAUGCUCCUGUGAAGUUACGAUUGAGAAAUUAGCUUGGCACCUAGUGUCUUGGGGUAUGCGUUACCUCAAAGGAAAGCUAUGCAUCUCUGCUUCGUGCUCUUACUUUGCUUAGAUUUUUGCUUCGUUAAGGUUGCAUUUCAGGUCCGCUUUUUUUUUUUUUUUUUUAACCCAUUUUGGUUGUCAAGAUUUUAUUCCUUCAUUUUCAUCCGGUCUGCUUCUCGAUGGUUAAUUUCGGUGUCUCUUUUCAGAAACUCUUGAGUGUCAUCUCUUAAACAUCCAAGCCUUUUAAUGAAAUCGUGCUGAAACUUUUUCAUCAGCCGAGAAUCCUUCAGUUCUGGUCCCAUUAACUCCAAGUGCCUUUUUUACAGUGACGACAACAGAGUCCCUCACUUUUCCUCUUUGUUUUUCUUAACUUCCUGUAAUGGAACUGCCUGGAUUUUAUAAAGUUAUCAAACGAUGCCCCUUUUCUUUAAACUGCAUGCUGCCAAGUGCCCGUUUGUGUGCAGAUUUCUCGUUCCAGCGCUGUGUACUCUCAAGUUCUCCUGUGUGACGUGGAUUCUGUUUAGUUAAGAUAGAGGAGUCUUUAGAGAUCCACCCCCCCACACACACACACCCCAAAUCCAUCCCUUUGGCCACUAGCCACCAUUAUGGUUUCAUUGGCUGUUUGUAUAUAUGGUUACAUAUUAACUCUGGAACCCUAUGGGCUGAUCUCGCUCUCCCAACAUGGAGUGUGGACUGAGCAAGGGGACUGAAUGUGACUAUUAAAAAAAAAAAAAAAUCUUAUGUACUAUCCAAAAGUGCCAGAAUGACUCUUCUGUGCAUUCUCCUUAAAGAGCUGCUUGGUUAUCCAAAAAUGGAAAUUCAAAAUAAACUCCGAAGAAAAAUAAACAAAA